AUGCCGCCAGUUGGAGCGCCGGCCGCUAGCGCGGCCCCCGGAGCAGCUCCAGCGACCGGCGCGCCUCCCGGGGGCGGCAACGCUCCUUCGCCGUCCCCGCCUGCUCCCUCGAUCGCUCGUGACGACUCCAAAUCGCCCGCCGUAAUGGGUCGCGGAGCGCCGCCCAUGCACGCGGCGGGUCGCGGGGGGCCUAUAGGCGCGCCUCCCAUAGGCGGUCCUCCGCAGCCAUCCCCCGGCGGCGGUUUGUUGCCCGGGCCUGCAGGCCGCGGACAGUACCAGCCGCCAGGAGUGCCAGGCGCACCGGGAGCUCCGGGAGCGCCAGGAGCACCGCCGGGCGCGCCAGGUGUGGGAGCGCCGCAUCUGCCGCCGGCGCCAGGGCGCACUCAGCCGCCGCCGCAGCAGCCGCCAGGGCAAGCCCCUCCGGGACAGCAGCAGGCGCAAGGGCAAGGGCCGCCGGGAGCGCCAGGCGCGCCGGGAGCACCAGGCGCACCGGGAGCGCCGGGAGCGCCGGGAGCGCCAGGAGCGCCAGGAGCGCUGGGAGCGCCGGGAACAGCAGCAGCAGGGGCGACGGGGCCAGGCGGACCUGCUCCCCCCGGCGCUCCCUAUGGCGCUCGCCCUGGCGGCCCCCCGCUUCCGCCUGGCGCCCCCCCUCAGGGGCACUACGCCUCUCCCCAGCAGCAGUUCCGCCCGCCGUACCCAGGCGCGCCUCCGCCUCGCCCCUUCCCCCCGCUCCCCCCCAACGCUCCGCCUGGCCACCUUCCCCCAUACAGCGCGCAAGGGCACCCCCCACAGUACCCGGGGCAGCACCAGCCUCACCCGCAGUACCCCGGAGCCCCCGGCCAGCCCCCUCAAUACCCCGGCCAGCAGCAGCAGCAGCAGCAGCAGCCGCCGCAGCAGCAUCAGCAGCAGCCGUACCCGUCAUACACCCCCAUGCCCGGCCACAUGCCCGCCCCCGGAUCCUACACCCCCCAGCAGCACCUGCCCCAGCAGCACCCGCACUGGCAGGUGCCCGGCGCGCCUGCGCCAGGGCAGGGGGGGCCUGGCGCGGGAGGGACGCAGGCAGCAGCGCAGGGCGCGCCUGGGGGAGCAGCCCCGGCUGCUACCACUGCUGGAGGGGUGAGUGAGAUACUGUCCAUGCCACCUCCCGCAGCAACGCCCGCCCCCGCGGCCACGCAGGCCGCACCCGGCGGAGGCGCAGCUGCCGCCCCAGCGGGCGCCACGGGGGGAGGAGCGGCGGCGGAGUGGCAGGAGUUCACGACUCCGCAGGGGCGCAAGUACUUUUUCAACAAGCGCACUCAGCAGUCCAGCUGGGAGAAACCCACUGAUCUCAUGACUCCCAGCGAGCGCGCGGACGCCACAACUGUAUGGAAGGAGUUCACGACAGCGGAGGGGCGAAAGUACUUUUUCAACAAGCUCACCAAGCAGAGCACGUGGACCAUCCCCGCUGACCUCAAGGCCGCGCGGGAGCGGGCUGCCGCAGAGCAAGCAGCAGCGGCAGGCACAGGUGCACCUCCUGCCGCCGCCGCUGCAGCUGCUCCAACCACUGCUGCCACCCCUGCUCUCCCUACAGCGCCUGUGACACCAGUAGCACCAGUCAUGCCAGGAGCACCCGGAGCAGCAGCAGCAAUGGCGAGUGUGGUACCCCCCCUGCCAGGUGUCCCCCCAACCACUGCCGCACCAGGGGCCGUCCCUCCUGCUGCCUACGCGUACACGCCUCCUCUCCCAGGGAUGGCGCCGUUAGUGCCAGGUGCAGGGCCGCUGGGUGCCUCCCCUGUGCCGCUUGCUGGUGUUCCUCUGCCUGCUGCCGCUGCUACCGCGGCUGGAAGUGCUACCCUGACCCCGCCACUUCCACCUGCUGCGGCCACACAGGCACAGGCACAACCAGCUCAAGCUGCAGCAGAGGCGAAGGCGGCACCAGGAGUGAGCAAGAUCAACAUCACGCCCAUUAUGGAACCCAAGCUGCCCCCGGCUCCUGUGGGCGAGCCUGUCUAUGCCACCAAGCAGGAGGCGAAAGCGGCGUUCAAGGAGCUGCUGGAGGCGGUGGGGGUGACGUCGGAGGGCACGUGGGAGCAGACGAUGAAGAAGAUCAUCAGUGACAAGCGCUACGGGGCGCUCAAGACGCUGGGGGAGAGGAAGCAGGCCUUCAAUGAGUACAUAACGCAUCGCAAGAAGCAGGAGGCGGAGGAGAAGCGGCAGAGGCAGAAGAAGGUGCGGGAGGACUUCAUCGCCAUGCUGGACGAGUCCAAGGACCUCUCCUCCUCCAUGCGCUGGCAGAAAGCGGCGGCGCUAUUUGAGAAGGACCUGCGGUGCGUGGCGGUGGAGUCGGAGAGGGAGAGGGAGGAGCUCUUUGAUGACUACCUCGUUGACCUCGUCAAGAAGGAGAAGGGCCGAGUGAGGGAGGAGAGGAAGCGCAACAUGGCGGAAUUCAAGCAGUACCUCGAGACGUGCGGCUACGUCACCUCCGCCACGCACUACCGCAAGGUACAGGAUCGCCUGGAGGAGCAUGAGAGCUGCGCCAAGCUCGAUAAGAUCGACCGCCUUGAAGUCUUCCAGGAAUUUAUUCGCGAGCUGGAGAGGAGGGAGGAGGAGGAGAGGCAGCAGAAGAGGGAGCAACAGCGGCGCCAGGAGCGCAAGAACCGGGAUGGUUUCCGGCGGCUGAUGGACGAGCACAAGGCGGCGCUCACCCUCACUGCUCGCACUCGCUGGCGCGACUACGUCAACGUGGUCAAGGACGAGCCCGCGUACAUGGCAGUGGCAGCCAACCUUGGGGGGUCGACGCCCAAGGAGCUCUUUGAAGACGUUAUUGACGACCUCGACAAGCAGGAGCUCUUUGAAGACGUUAUUGACGACCUCGACAAGCAGGUGGGCACUGAGAGAGGCGGGUACAGGCAGGUGGCAACUGGGGAAGGUGGUACACGGGGCAUGUGGCUCAUGCAACCUGGUGGCGACUGGGACGUGUGGUCCAUACGAUGCAACCUGGGGGGGUCGACGCCCAAGGAGCUGUUUGAAGACGCCAUUGACGACCUCGACAAGCAGGUGGGCGCUGCUGGGCUCCAGCCCUCACCACUUGCUGUUGCCCCUGCUGCCUGCGUUCCUGUGCCUGUUGAUGCACGUGUGCUUCUUUACACCUUCGAUUCCUUUGCUCCCCUGCUACGUGUUGAACUCUUUCUGCUGCCUGUGGUGGUGACGUCAGCCACCACCUUUGAGGCGUUCAAGGCUGCUCUAGGCUACGCCCCUCCGCCUCCCCUGCCGCCUGCCCUCGCUGCUGCUGAUUCUGCUGCCGCUGCUGCUGCCGAUGCUGGUGCUGGCACAGCAGUCAAGGUGGAGGCGAAGGAAGAGGGAAAGACAGGAGAUGUGGAGAUGAAUGGAGUGAAAGAGGAAGGGGGCGUGAAGAAGGAAGAUGGGGUUACAGAGGAGGGGGCGAAGGAGGGAGAGGGAGAGGCAGGGAAGGUGAAGGAGGAGCCUCAGGAGGAGGGCAAGGAGGGAGGAGAGGCAGGGGCUGCUGAGGACAACAAGACAGCAGUCAAGCAGGAGGAGGGUGACAAGCCAGUGAAGCAAGAGGCGGGAGCGGGCGCGGUGAAGCAGGAGGAGCAGGCGGAGGAGAGCAAGGAGGGCAAGGAGGAGGUGAAGCUGCCGCCACCGCCACCGCUGCCACCGAAAGCUGAUGAGUCGACUCCUAAGGUCGCGGAUAUGAGCCUCAAGAUAGUGUGGGAGGAUCUGGUGGAGCGAGCAGUGGAGAGGGAGGAGAAGGAGGCGCGGCGCAAGAAGCGGCUGGCAGAGGACCUUGCGGACGCACUCAGGGGCGUCAAGGGGCUGUCUGGGAGCACCAUGUGGGAGGAGGCGAAACCGCUCGUUCAAUCGCUGCCGGAAUACAAGGCGAUACCGGAGGAGGCAGAGAGGCGGAAGGUGGUGGAGGAGCACGUGGCACGGCUGCUGCACAAGGAGAAGAAGAGGGAGAAGGAGAAGGAGAAAGAGAAGGAGAAGGAGAGGAAGAAGAAGGAAGAGAAGUGCAACGGUCCUCUGAUUGGAAGCUGCUACCUCAUCUUCCCGUCUUGA